UAAAAAGUCAACUUCCAUCCGUCAGUCCUCGAACCAGACUUACAAUUAAUCAUCAUCCAUAAAACAAUGUGAUUCGUUCAUCCUAUAAUGGGCAUAAUUGAAAGACGGUUAAAACAGACCUCUCGUCACCCAAUCCAAAUUCAAUAGUCUGAUACACCGAGAAAUAGAAAAAUAGUUCAGACCAAUCAGACUUACACAGACCAGACCGGACUUUCAUAAUAAUAAAAUACACAGAGGUCAGACAUUUAGUUAAACCAAAUCAGACAAAUUUAGACUAUUCCAGAUCAAACUUAAACAAAUUAGAUCAGACCAAACCAACAAAUUUUAGUUAAAAACAUUCUAAUCUCACGCCUUUUUAGAAUAAGUUUUUGGAACCCCAAGACUCCACAAGGGAGUCAUACAGGCUCUAUAAAUUUUUUGCAUCUUUUUAGGUAUAUUUAAAUUAUUUUCGUAUAAAAUCUCUAUAUAUAAUGCAGUUUAGGAAUUUCACUCGUCUGAACCGUUCCCAUCCCUACUUGCAGCCGCACCACCGCCGUUGCCACCGUCGAUGAUUUUAAGGUCGUAAAUGCUUUUGUCCUAAAGAUCUAACAGAUCGGGUGACAUUCGAUCUGCGAGCAUAUAGAGAUAACGGGAGAGGAGCAGAUCAUGAAUACCAACUUUGCGGUUGAGCUGUUUGGGGAAGAUGAAGACGGAGACGACUAUUCGAACGACGAGCAACAACACCCUCCACAGCAGCGCCAGUCAUCAGCCUCACAAUCGUCUUCUUCAUCGUCCUCCUCAUCCGCCUCUUCGGGUGGUUCUUCUUCACCUUCGUCUUCCAAUAGAAGCAGCAGCGUUAGUGGGAGUGGAAGCGACAGCGGCAGAGAAGAAGACGCUCAUGGGGAAGUCAGAUCUUCUAAUAAUGAGAUUGAGGAUGAGGAUAAGGAUCUGUUUGGCUCAGAUAAUGAAGAGUAUGUAAAAACACAUGCUACUAGUCCCUACCCAGUUCCUGUUUUGCCCCCAGUGCGUAAUAUAAGCAACCCAUCAAGAGGAGGUAUUGGGCGUGGACGUUGGCAGAAUGGUAGAGGGAAUGGCAUUCUUGCUACACCCAAUUAUCCACCAAGACAGGGUUCCAAUUAUGGUUCCAGGUUCCCGAAUGUUCCUCGCGAUGAGCGUUUUGUUUCUGAGCUUAAGUUUGCAAAGAGUGAAGAAACACUGGCAAGAAAGUCCACUGCAAUCCAACAGCCUUGUGAACUUGCUUGCUAUAGUCGAGUCGAAGGGGGAGACGUCUACUUUGAUGAUAGUAGCUUGAGGCUAUUUAAACGUCUUAUUACAGAAGAUAUCGGGGCUGACCUGAAUGAAGGCUUUGAUACUUUCAUUGAGAAGAGAGAUCUGGGAUCUCAGGGUUUUGGUGACCUUCUUGCCUGCAUUAGGCACAAGAAGGAGGAAAUUUCACUUGAAAGGAUGCACUUUGUGACAUUCCGCAACAACUUGAAUAAGAUCAUGGCUACUGCCUAUAUCAGGAAUGAGCCUUGGGAAAUGGGAGUUCACAAAAGGAAAGGUGUUGUUUACCUGGAUGUGCACAAAUUACCCGAAAGGCCAAAAUGUGAUCUGGAUAGAAGAAGGUGUUACUGGGGCUAUUGUUUUGAAAGCCUGGCCACUGAAGAUCGUGGUAGAGAACAGAUUCGUGACAUCGAUGCAAAUGUCGAAUUCUGUUCUGUACUUAAAACCAAAAUAGGAGCGCACCGUGUUUUGCUGGGGGCUGAAAUAGAUUGUUGUGAUUCAAGGGAUAAUGAUGAAAAGAGAUUCUAUAUUGAACUGAAAACAAGCCGGGAGUUGUUUGACCAUCGUACUGAGGAAAGAUUUGAGAGGGAGAAACUGCUCAAGUUCUGGAUCCAGUCGUUCAUUGCUGGUGUGGAAUACAUUGUUGUUGGAUUUAGGGAUGACAAUGGUUUUCUUGUCCGGACUGAAAGAAUGAGAACCAAUGAGAUCACACAAAGGGUAAAACUCAAAGGUUAUUGGCAGGGCGGAGUAUGCCUUGCUUUCACAGAUGAGGUCUUGUGCUGGCUUUAUGGGACAGUGAAGGAAAAUGAAGAUUACAUCUUGCAGUUCACUGCACAUUCGACUCGGUUGGAGCUUCUACGGGCUCAGUCAUGCCCCGAAGCAAUUACUCAGCAUGUUCAGGAACUCUAUGGUUUAUGAAUGGUAUGUGCAUUAGAGACUAUAAGCAGCUCGGUUCCAUUUAAAUGGGUUCAGACCAGAUUUAACCCCUUUUUAGCUCUAAUUUUUCAUCAAUUAUAAUGUGCCAAGCAAGAAAGUUCUCCUUCAGUGAGUGAUACAUACAUUAAUACUAUGUUAGUAUGGGGUGUUUGAAACUGAUUAUGUUUUUGCUUCUUUUUUAAAGCAGAAGAAUUGAAUCAGAAUCAUUUUCAGAAGCGUCUCCCCCAGCUUCUAGGAGUAAAUUAGAGCACCAAAAUCAAUUCUGCACUUUCACCCAAACACUCCAAAAAAUGCUUCUACUCUCUAAAGCAGUUUUAAGAAUCAGAUCCAAACAUCCCCUAUAUAAACCUGACCAAGGUUUUUAGAAGACAUCGGUAUUUGUUAUUGUAUAUUUACCGGUUUCUUUCUUUGGGUAAUGGGUUGGAUUGAGUAAUUUAGAGCCAGAUUGGUAACAUUCAUAUUGGCUGGAUAUGUGUGAAAUAGGCUGAAGUUGUUGAAACUAUGAUGGGGAUGAGUGUAUUGGUGGAAAAUGUGAAAAAGAAAAAGAAAUAGUAUUGAACACCUUUAUAAUUUAUGAACGAGGAUCACAUUAUAGUCUUAUAGUGCCAAGCAGUCCAUACCUCAGCGAAUUCACUAAUAAGAUCAUCUAUGUCUAAGUUAAAGGGCGUUAGAUCCAUGGCAGUAAACAGUAACGACCCCUCUCCAGAAAACCUGAAGCUUAAGGCAGAGAAAUGACAACACAAAUAAAAGGAUGAAUUUUAUCUGUUUGAGCCGAAAUUCAUAACCCGCUUCCUUGUGUUUGUGCGGCGGAAUUUGUCAUUUUGGUCUCUGCUAGUCUGUGAUAGCCUGAUAGGCUUCUGUCCACUGAGACGAGAAAACGAAUUGCUCCUUCAUGCGGCUGGUGGAAGACGAGGAAUGCAGCGCGCUUUUGCUCUUUGUUGGCUGUUUUCUGUCGAUUUGAAGGAAAAGAGAACGGCGAUAAUCAAGGAGCCCAAUUUGAGUAACUUGUGUGUGAUUUUGUUCAUCUUCCCAUUUAUUUUUUAUCUUUUUUUACCCUGGGGUCAGGGGAGGGGAUUGAGAGCUUAGAUAAACUGGAUUAACAAUCUCAUUUCAUUGAGAAUUGAAUUCGAAAUCUCUCAUAAGAGAGAGUGAGUUGACACCAGCUGAGUUGGACCGCUUCCUCUUUGUUCAUUCUCCCUAGUUACGCACUUACGUGUCAUGUGAUAUGCAUCUCUUUUUUCACAAAUGUUGUAUAUCAUAUACUUCCUCCAUUCUUUUUUAGUUACAACAUUCCCUUCAUUCACGUUUUAUGAUGCAUAAUUUCUAUUCCUAGAAAAGUUAUUAAGAUUCUUAAUAGCAAGAUGGCUUCUUUUUUCUGGGGUUCCUCUCAUGAUAAACAUAAAUUUCAUUGGACCAGAUAGGAGAAGAAAUCCUGAUUCAUGAUUGAUAAAGAAGCAAAUACAAACCUCUUACUAGCUGACAAGAACACCCGACCGAUGAUGACGGGGAAUAUAGAUUUGGCGAGCGACACUUCGCCACCGAAAAUAAUAUCUCUAGACAACGCUAGGAAAUAAACGUAUAGAUAGAAUUGAAAAUACUGAUUAAACGAAAUUUUUUCCAUGAUUGAAGUCAAAAGAAGAGAAGAAAAGAAGGAAGGAAGAGGAGGAGGUGGUUGGGGUUUCCCUUCGCCGCUCCUCUCUCCCCUUCGCAAAG